AUGAGUAAUUGGGCUAGAAGGAUGCACCGACGAGCUGCUACAUUGAGCAAUGUGGUUACGUCUUGUGGGCAUCCCAACUCUUUGCCAUAUCCGAGGAGACUAGAAAAAGUCAAGUUCGGUGUUCCGCUACAUGAAGUUUGCAAGGAUGAUAUCCCUGGACCCUUGCUUGUGCUGAUAUUGAAGCUAAACAAAGAAGCGCCGUUGCGACGGGACGUGUUUCGCGCACCUGGUCACCAGGGUGCCAUGAAGAAGCUUAUACAUUUCCUUCAAACAGGUCGUCUGGUCAAUGUCGAUAAUUAUUCCGUAUACACUAUUGCCAGUGUGCUCAAGAAGUUCCUCAGGAAAAUCCCGGGUGGUGUGUUUGGCCGAGAUGGAGAGAUGCAUCUGUUUACAGCUGUGGAGCUACCAGAGGAACAGCAAGUCGACGAAAUACGCAGACUGCUCCUGUCCCUGCCGGUGUGCACGCAAAGACUGCUGGUGCUGCUCUUCGGCACGUUUCGGGUGAUGGCAUCCAACGCUGAUAAAGCAGGUACAGGUAUGACAUCCGAAGCCCUGGGCGUGUCGGUGGCCCCAUCAUUUUUCCACUCUUGCGUGUCGGACGGCAAAACAGCCACAAUGGAGGACGUUCAGAGAUUCAAGGUGGCGACAAGGAUCAUGCGUCAGUUGAUCGAGCAGUUCAGUGCCGGCGACCUGUUCGGGAGGGAUAACUACGAGUACUACGCCCGGGUAACCGGCCGCAUCCUCCGGGUAAAGGACGAGUGGAUAUGUUCCUUCAGAGACCCGCCGCCGCCCCGGCAUCAUCGCGACCAGGAGGCUUAUGCUAGACAAUUGUCUUUGGAGGCUGAGAAAACGUGGUUGCAAUGCGAAUGCGAUCGCUGGGGCAACAAAUUUAAUUUAGAAGGGUUGUCGAAGUCUGAGGAGUGCCAGUCGAUGCCGGCGCUGGCGGGAGGCGGGAGUGCGGGCGCGGCGGGCGGAGUGCUCGGCAUCAUCCCCGAGCACAGCCUGCUCGACUCCUGCACACGACUCUCCAUAUCUCUCGAAGAAAGCGUCUUUAAAGUAUCAGUGAGUUCGUCAUCUCAAUCAUCGCGCAGUAACUCGAGUCCUCACAUGACUCUCGAGGAGUUGCGAGCCAUCAACAAGUACGCAGAGAGUACUAAAAGCCUCUCCUACCUACCCCAGCGCUCACUGAAGGACAUGUUUUAUAAGACUAAGUGA